GCCUGCGUCAUGUGGAAGUGAGCUCGCUCUUUUUGUAGGUGAAAUCGAAUUAAGGUCACUAUCGUUGUGUCAAAGAGAGGCUGUUUGUGAGCAGACAUGGUUUUCCUAACGCUGUCCUGUUGGAUCAGAAGUCGUGGGCCUGACAGAUACUGGAAAGUUCAAGAACUUCUAAAACAUGCACGGCACUUCAGAGGGAGGAAGAACCGAUGCUACAGUUUGGCUGUGCGUGCCGUCAGGAGGGCUUUCGUUUACGCCACCAGAUCCCGAAAGCUCAAGAAACGAAACAUGAGAACGCUCUGGAUUACACGCAUCGCAGCAGCGUCACGAGAACAUGGCUUGAAGUAUCCCGCCCUCAUGCACAACCUUACAAAGACCAGCGUUCAGCUGAACCGACGAGUCAUCAGCGACCUGGCCAUCACAGAACCACGGACAUUCCUCUCACUUGCUGAGCUGGCAAAGGCUCGGCGACAAGAAGGCUUCCGCGCGGCGCUGGGUGACGGCAAAGAGCCUCCCGGUGUUUUCUCGCGCAUCGUUUCACUACAAUAAAGGGCUUGCUAGAGUUAUGUAUUUCCAGCUGCUGCGUGUUUUGAAGAGCAGGCACUCUUGGGUUGUUAAUGAACAAGAAACUGUUGACCCGACUCAAGCUUCACUAUUUGCUUUGUCACAUGUGGUUAAUUUUUAAAACUCUUCUCCAUCAGUAUACCGUGGUUGCCCCGCAAUUAACUACCCACAUGACCCUCAUUGAGACCAGGGUGUCUGUAAUAUUAUGGGUUGCUUGGUCUCUGCAAGAGAGUUACCAUCAGAUCCAUAUCCUUGAAAAUGCUGUCCAAACUCAUCAAGAAGAAAUAACUUACUGUAUCUAUAAUGAUCCAGACUUGCAGCUGAGAUUAAACAUCACACAUUCACUGAACCCAACAUACUAUAGCAAUGCUCCUCGCCUGAUUAUUACCUCCAGUGUCUGGAUGGAGCUCAUGAUCAUUAUCACAGUAGUCUGUAAUGUUUCCAGUGUACACCAUAUGCAGCCAUUGUUACAUUAUGAUUUGAUGCUGUUUGACUGUGAGUUUUGAGUUGGAAAGAAAAGAGAGCAACUGCUUAUGUCUUUGUGUAAAUAUGUAUUUUUACCCUUUGUUGUGGUAAAAGAUUGUCUUCAUAAUGUUUAGUUCAUUAAACAUUUUGAUAUGUU